GGUGUGACGUACUGCGGGGAAAGCUCUGCCAGCAGUCUGACCAUGGCAAACGUUCCCUGGCACCAGGAAGUGGUCGCCUUCGUCCAGCAGCUGGCGGACAUGUUGCCUCAGUAUGAGAUCGCCUGCGAGCACGAACACUCUAACUGUUUGCUCAUUGCACACACCAAGUUCAAGGUGGACGGCGAGUGGUGGACAUGGAUCGACUACGAGCGUUUUCAAGAGCUGGCCCGAGCUCACGAGGAGAGCGGGGGACAGCACAGCUUCUCAGCCCUGGACUACAUGGCCAAAACUCCCAGCUGGGCCCUGUUUGGAGCCCAGGAACAAGGUUUUGACCCUGCCGACACGCGCUUCCAACGGCGCAACAAAACCAAAGACAUCUCGGGAUGCUGACAGAAUAAAGAGAGAGAAAGGGUAGAGGUCGGAUACAUAUUGCGUGAUCGCGAAGUAAAGUACAAAUCAGAAUCUAGGGUUCAGUGUUUUUAUUUUCAUCUUGUUUAAAUCUCUGAGAUUACUUUCUUAGUGUCCGCAGUUGCCCUUGUUCUCAUGUGGACUAAGACUCUCCUUUAAUUUCCUGAUGUUUUUUAUUUUAUUGGCAUCACACCCGAGAUUAGCCAAAACUGCCGAGAUCACUUCCGUCACAUUUAUUUCCAAAACAUUCCCCCUUUGCGUUGGUUUAAAUGCUUCUUUUGCAUCGAGUUCUGAUACGUUCCACUUCUUGAACCGGUGAUUUUCAGACAUUUCCACGACUUUCUUUGUAAUCAUCUGGCAGCACUUUGUUAAAGUUGGCGGCGGCUCCAUCACCCGCCUUGUUUCUAGUAAUUUUUUUUUAAAAAUCAUUUUGAUUCUGUCGGCACAGGAUGUGAUUCACAUGUAAGGAACGGCACCUUUAUUUCUCCUUAUGUUCUCUGUUGGAGCUACACAACUUUCCCAGGCACCUUUCGCUCCUCCUCCCACUCGUUAGGACUGUGGUGGUAUUUGCUUGGCAGCGAGGGGCUCGAGCAGUGAGAGGAGAUCAUCAGGACUCCGCUGGGAGAUUCUCUUUACAGCGCGGGCUUCGUAAUGCUCUCUUUACUGCACAUUUUCAGUUCAGGGGUUGUCUCUCAUUCUCAGCAGCGUCAGCUCCGCCUGGUUCCACUGCUCCAGGGGGUAGAAAGUAUGCAGCGUUUGGCAGGUUUGCUGUGAUGUGGUAAGAAAUCAGCCUAUGGAAAUGGGCAUCAUCUUAUUUAAAUACCUUAGCACUGAAAAUUUGUCAUCAUUUUGGGUUUGACAAUUUGCGCUAAAGAAGGGCUAUAAUGUCUGAUAUGAUAAAGUGGGUAAAGGAAUGGAGACUAAGAAAGUUGUAUUGACGUUGAGGAAAGAAUAAAUCAAAAACACAGAACUGCAAACACCAAAUUCUUGGACAUUGCCAAGUCUUGUAUCAUUCUGUCAGGACAUCUCUGUUAUUUAGUUAAUGUCGUUCUCUGACAAUAAGCGUUAAUUGCAAACUGUUUUUGAACCUCGCUUCCAAGAGAACCAAGCGGUGGGCACGGUCUAAUAUCCAAACGAACAUACUGUAAAAAGAAAAAGAUUUAGUAAGCCCCAAUACAUCCAUCCAUCCAUUGUCUAUACACCGCUUA